UAUAAUACCUACUGUUUCAAAAUAUUUUUAAAUCAUUUGUCUCUUUAAUUUAUUUCUGUAGUAUAAGACAAAAUGCACAAUUUAGACUCUGACAGUGAAGACGAACUACCUCCAGGAUGGGAAGAAAAAUCAACCGAAGAUGGAAAUGUUUAUUUUGUUAAUACAUGUAAUAAUAAAAUACAGUGGACUCAUCCUCGCACAGGACAUAAGAAAGUUAUUCCGAAAGAUUUACCCUUCGGUUGGACAAAAACCAUGGAUGAAAACGGCAAGCCUUUGUACAUACAACAAGAAACUGGAAACAAAACUUAUGUAGAUCCAAGAUUAGCAUUCGCAAAGGAGGAGAAAAAGCAUGUAAAUGAUUUCCGCCAAAGGUUUGAUGGCUCGUCCACAGCUUUUCAGGUUCUUCAUGGUGUGGAUCUAUCUGGCAAAUAUGCACUUAUAACAGGAUGCAAUGCAGGCAUUGGGUUUGAAACUGCAAAAUCCUUGGCAAGGCAUGGCUGUAAUAUAUUAUUAGCUAAUCGCAAUAUGGAAGCCACACAACAAGCAAUUGAACAGAUUGUCAAAGAUACUAAAGUAUCAGAAGACAACCUUAAAUCAAUAUACCUGGACUUGGGCUCAUUGAAUAGUGUUAAAAAAUGUGCUAUGGCUGUAAGAACAGUUUUUUCAAAUCACCUUGAUAUGUUAAUAUUGAAUGCUGGUGUUUUUGGACUCUCAUAUGAAGAGACAGAGGAUAAAUUGGAUAGAACAUUUCAAGUAAAUCAUCUGUCACACACAUAUUUAGCAUUAUUAUUAGAACCGUUACUGAAGAAAGGGUCCAGAGUAGUGUUUGUGUCUUCGGAAUCACACAGAAUGGCGAGCUUAAAAAAUGUUUUUGUAAAACAAAAUCUUGCACAUCCAAAAGAUCAAUACAGUACAUUGAUAGCUUAUAAUAAUUCUAAAUUAUAUAAUGUUAUUACUGCAAAGAUAUUAAGUGAAGAAUGGAAACAUAAGGGUAUUGCUGUAAAUUCUUUGCAUCCUGGAAACAUGGUUUAUACAAAUCUGCCCAAAAGUUGGUGGUUUUAUCAAAUGUUAUUUAUGAUGGUGCGACCUUUUACCAAGUCUUUACAACAAGCAGCUGCAACGUCUGUUUACGUCGCAACGGCAUCCGAACUGGAAGGCGUUACAGGGCUUUACUUUAAUAAUUGCUUUUAUUGUGAAGAAUCAGCCUUAGCUCGGGACAAAGAUAUAGCAAAUGAGAUCUUCUCUAUAUCGCUCGGCAUGAUAGAAGAGAGAGUAGGUCGAGAUAAUAUAGAAAAAUACGUUGAUAAAUAUUGCAAUCGAAAGGAGAAUGCGACAUAAAUGAUAAUAUCUCUCGUAAUAUCAAUAUAUGGAAAUUGAUUGAUUCCACAGGUUUGGUGUUCGGUUGAUGAAUAUUUUGAAGGUUUGGAAAAUAUUUUAAUUACAAUGAUAUGUAAUCUUUUUAUUAUUCACAAGUUAGGUGAUUUGGUGGAGAUGGAAUAUUUUAAUCAGUUACUUUUUAAUCGGGUAUCUAUAUAUGU